UAAGCCAAAUAGUUCUCCAGUCUCAAAGAAACAUACUACUUUAUUUUAUUUCUUAGCAAGAGAUCGGCAUUGUUAGUUUGCUUACUAUAAGGAAAAUAGUUUUAAACACCACUUUUGGACGAGAUGACUCCCAUGCAUAAACUUGUCUUUUUAUAAAGUUAACAUGACUCGCAUGUUGAAUGUUCAACCUAAUUCUUAAAGUUCGUGAGAACAUUCUCGGACUGUUCGAGGUACCAUACAAUACAGAAAUUUUUAUCUCGGUAUUACAUAACGAAGAUAACAUUUGUAUUCAACCGAUUUUUUUGUCAAUUUCAUAACCUAUAAAAUGCUAUUGCAACGUAGACAGACUCAUAUGAAUUUUGCUUUAAAAGGUGCAUCAUUCAUUAUCGUUUAAACUAAAUAUACCAAGCGAGUAUUACAAUAAUGAUUAAAGAAACUUUUGUUUCUAUUAUAGUAGCAGUAGUUGCGGUAUGGAUUUUCAAUCGAAUUACGAAUUGUGCACCUUCUGUCAAGGUAACGGAAGUAUUAAAUGAUUCGUAUGAUUUUAUCGUGGUGGGAGCGGGAUCCGCAGGCUCCGUGUUAGCGGCGAGACUCUCGGAGAGGCCGGGUGUGUCCGUUUUGCUGCUAGAGGCGGGUGGCCAUUAUGAGGAGAAUCCGAACUCACAUAUCCCCGGAUUCUGGACAUCUAUGUUGCAUACGGAAAUGGACUGGGAUUAUUUUACGGAACCUCAGGAGAAGGCUUGUCUCGGGAUGCGCGACCGGAAGGGAUACUGGCCGCGCGGACGCGUCCUGGGCGGCUCCAGUACCAUUAACCUCUUGCAAUACACACGCGGAAGCAGUCUGGAUUACGACCUCUGGGAGAAAAUGGGAUGCACUGGUUGGUCGUAUAAGGAUGUGCUGCCAUAUUUCAAAAAAUCCGAGAAGAUUCUUGUACCGGAACUCAUGAACUCUGAUGCCCACGGUACACAAGGACCUAUGGGUGUUAGUGACGGUCGUGUUAGUGAUCUUAUGGAUUAUUAUCUGAAAGCAGGACAAGAAAUGGGCUACAACAUCGUGGAUUACAACAGCGGUAAAGAGGAAGGGUUCGCUAGGUACCAGCAACACAUCGAAAAUGGCGUCCGUAGUAGCACCGCUAAUACGUUUCUCCCGAUGGCGAGUGACCGACCUAAUUUACAUAUAUCCAUACAAAGUCACGUGACAGAAAUACGGAUAAAGAACAACAAAGCAACCGGUGUGUAUUUUCUAAAAGGAAACAGAAAACAUUACGUUUCAGCCAAGAAAGAGGUUAUUAUUUCCGGAGGCACCAUGAACUCGGCGCAGUUACUAAUGUUGUCCGGGAUAGGACCCAAAGAGCAUCUCCAAGAGCAUGGGAUACCAGUCCGAGCGGACCUUCCAGUUGGCAACAACUUACAAGACCACAUGCGUCUUCAGCUUUUCACCAGCAUCAACAAACCGCUUGGCAUUACGGCUGAUAUGAAGACUGGCUUAUGGAAUAAGCUUAAAUAUAGGUUGUUCGGAAACGAUGCCAUCGGGAAAACGAUGGCAGAGGUUACUGCGUUUCUGCAUUCUGAUCCCAGUCAAAGAGGAAAGACAUAUACGGAUGUUCAAUUUAACUUUUUUAGCUCUUACCAGAAAAAUAACGUUGAGAAUUAUAAUGAUACUUUGUUUCCCCAGCUAUUCAGUAAAACCCCAGGGAAAUACGGAUUCACGACUAUAGUAAUAAUGAACCACCUGAACAGCACGGGUACCAUCAGGCUGAGAACCAGCGACCCCUUUGACGCUCCAGUGAUUGAACCAAAAUAUUUCUCCUCGCCUUCAGACGUCAGCGACUUUGUAGCAGCAGUACGAUUAUGGGAGAAAUUCAUACAAACGCCAUCAAUGACGUCACUCGGUGCAAACGCCGACCAAGUUAAAAUCAAAGUUUGCGAUAAACACGAUUUCCGGUCAGAUGAGUAUUGGGCAUGCGUAGUGCGUCAUUUCGCGCUGACUGUCUAUCAUCCGUGUUGCACGUGCAGAAUGGGGAACCCAGCGGACAAAACCACCGUUGUUGAUCCGCGCUUGCGCGUAAAAGGAAUAAAAAACCUUCGCGUCGCAGAUGCAUCUGUGUUACCCAUGGAAACUUCCGGCAACCUGAACGCUCCGACAAUUAUGGUCGCUGAGAAGGCUUCGGACAUGAUACUGGAGGAUUUAGAAUGAAAUACAAUGACAGUAACAUUAUAUUGGUUAUAAACUCUGUGUUAUGCUUUCUUGUAGAAAGACAUGUUAUUGAAUUUGAUAAAUAUAUAAUACUUACCUUUACUUAUAAUCAGUUAUUCAUGGCCAUGAAGUUAUUUUGUAAGUAGCGGAUAGAAAACUAAUGACUGAUUGUUUAAUUAAGAUUGCAUUAAGAUGCUAAACGAUGUUUAUAUAUCCUCUAUAUACAACUUUAUUUACUUUACUUUUUUAUUACCAAAUCCAUUAUUUUUGUAAAGUUUCCCUCGUAUAGUACGAGUAAAAAUACACCCAAUACUUGGUUUAAGGCGUGACUUGAUAGUUAAUGUUUCAUCUUAAAGUUACUUACCAGUGUUUUAAAAUAUACGUCUUUAUCUGUUAAUGCCUUCAUGAGUUGAGCAGAGUGCUGGAAAUGUACAUUAUCUGAAAUGAAUAAAACUAGGAUACUUUA